GUUGACUUGACAUUAAUUGUCCUGUGAAGGAGGGCGAGGAGUGUUCUGCUUUGCUUUUUCUUGUCUUAGGCAACUGUCUGUGCUGUUGUGAAUAGUAGAGGGGACAAGUUCUUAGCUCCCAUGAAAGUUUAUUUUCUCAGGAGUUAACAUUGAUUUUCGGUGAGCUGCACGUUAGCUUGGAUUUAUUCAGACCGCUAGCUAACUUAUCCAGAUAAAGCUAUGCGAACGAGCGGACUCGUAUUUUAUUUGUUGUUCUCUUUAUCGUGGGAAAAAUGAAGAAAGAACAUGAGUUUGCAUACUACGAAGGCUAUGCGGUUGACUACGACAGCUACAGAGAAGGCAGAAUUCCCCUGGGGCUAGAGGAGGGUUGGGCGGCUCAAGACACAGACACCCAGCAGCUCAAGUUGUUUACAAAAGGAGACAAGGGGGAAAUGGCACUUUGCUAGUGCAAGAAGACACAAAAAAACAUAGAGGAAACAGUUGCAACCAUAAACGUUGUGGCGCUCCUGUUUUUACUUAUCAUUUUUUGGAUUAAAUGACAACAGAUUUCGUGGUUAUUCUUGUCCGUGAUUCUUCCUGUCCGUCUUAGUGAGGAAAUCCCUGAUGCAUUCACCAAUGGAGAACUGAAGGUGAGCUGACACUUGCCCCCUCUCAACAUGCUAGCUCUAAGGCUGGAGCAGGGCAGGCGAGGGGGUGGUGAGGUUGAUCUCUUGCAGAAAAAGGCCACCGUGGCUUGGCAGGGCCGCCAGUCAGGGAGGCCCCCUUCUCACGAGCAAGGUAUUAACAUCAGGGAGAAGAUCUCCCAGUGGGAAGAUCGUAGUAAGCAGGGAAGCAGCCAGGAUGCUGUGGUGAAAGCACACCCCCCAACUGUAUCCAGAAGUCUGUCUGGAGAUGUCCUGGGCAACGGGGGAUCAGGAGGGGGGCUUCACACAAAAGCUAGCCUUUCAAAAGCUAAGAGCUUAGAUCUUUGGGAAUACCCAUCACAAGCUGGACAUUGUGCAGUUGGUCGGAAGUCAGAACCUCUGCAGAAAUGUUCCACUGACUCUUCAACCACAACCACAGGAAAUAAACCACUUGCAGCACAAACAUUUGUGCGUCCUAAGGUGGAGGCUAACGCUGCUAACUCUACGGGCGAACAUAUCUUGGCUGCCAAUGGCAACCAAAAAAUAGAUUGCAUCUUUCUACCUCUAUCAACCGAUGACCAAGAAGACAACAUGCCUGCAGGAAACUUCUACACUUCACGUGGUUUCUGGCGUAAGCUUGAGGGGAACAGACUGCUCUGGGAGAAAGGCAGGGACUCUUCAGCUGAUGCUCAGGCUCCACCCAAACCUCAGCGGACGUUCCAGUAUCGAGGAGCCAACAACAUCAAUGCAUCAAACACAGUGCAAUUGGACAGCAGAUCCCUUCAUAACAACCACUCCAACGUGAGGAGCAGGAGGGUAGCCCACCCACCGAACUUCCCACCUCCCCCAUGUCCCAUAGCAAACACUAAUGGGCUUUCUAGGCAUAAAAAAAACAGGAAGUCCUUUGAGUAUGAGGAUGCUGCUCGUCUGACAGUGAAGCAAGGCACGCUGGGAGAUGAGACCAAGCACUCGGGCCUCUGCCAUGCCUACUCCGAUGACAAUAUUUACGAGGAUAUCGUUUGUGAAGUGACCAGAGAUGAACCCUAUGAAGAUGUCAAGCUGUCUCCCAUGUGCCUCCCUAUUGCAAGGCCUCACACCCCCAAGCAGCCUCCUAAACCCCAAAACUUGCAAGGCUAUACUGGCAAAGUGGAGAGGAAGAGGUUCCAAACGUUAACAGCAUCCAAAACUUCAACUCAUGCAGAUACUUCAAAACCAGCUACACCCCGGCGCGCAAGCACUCAAAAAAUACAGAGGAUGCCUCAGUACGUCAGCAAGAUUGAGACCAUCUUUGACGACAAGCGAGGGAGGAAGAGAGUAAAAAACCAGGGAGUCUCAGUGCGAGAGGAGACCAGUGGGACAGAGAGCGACCCUGAAGACAACACCAAAGCAGGCUUCAGGAGAUCAGUUUACAUCCAGUCUACACUGAAACGCCGGCCAGGCUACUGCACCCUGGAGAGAGACCUGAUCCAGCUGCAGCAGCAGCAGCUUUUCCAGAUCUUCGUUGUGGUGUCGCUGAGAAAAGGCUCCCCAGGAUACACCUACUCUCCUGAAAUCACGCAGCAGUUCCCCAAAAUGUUUGAGAAAUCAUCUCGACUCUCCAGAGAGGCUGAGGAUCAGCUGAAAGUCAUUCCAAAGUUCUGUUUCCCAGACCCACAGGACUGGAAGCCCUCUGCACACAUACCAAGUGAGACGUUCUCCUUUGUCCUGACCGGAGAGGACGGCAGCCGCUGGUUUUGUUACUGCCGUAAGAUCUUGCCCGGUGGAAAAGGGAAGAGGCUUCCUGAGGUGCACUGCAUUGUCAGCAAACUGGGCUGUUUCAACCUGUUUGCAAAGAUUUUGGAGGAGGUGGAGAGGCGGAGGGAGAUUUCCCCAGCGCUAGUUUACCCUUUUAUGCGUAGCGUGAUGGAGGCCCCGUUUCCAGCCCCUGGACGCACAGUAACUGUCAAGAGCUUCCUCCCUGGCUCUGGGAAUGAGGUACUCACUUUGUGUAGACCAGUGGACUCCAGGCUGGAGCAUGUGGACUUUGACAGUCUGCUGCAGUGUCUUAGUGUCACAAAACUCCUGCAGGUGUUUGCCUCCAUUCUGCUUGAGAGGAGGGUCAUCUUCAUCGCUGACAAACUCAGUGUGUUGUCUCGGUGUGCCCAUGCAGUGCUGGCACUGCUGUAUCCCUUCACCUGGCAGCAUACCUUCGUUCCUGUGCUACCAGCCAGCAUGCUGGAUGUCAGCUGCUCUCCCACCCCAUUCCUCAUCGGGGUGCUGGCACCCUGCCUGCCAGAGCUGCUGGAGCUGCCCAUUGAGGAGGUGCUCAUAGUGGAUCUGUGUGCAGACAAGUUUGUCAUUCAGCUGGGUGAUGAAGAUUGCAUCCUGCCCAGUAAACUGCAGGCAGCACUGCAGCAGAUCCUGGAGGAGAGGGAAGAUAUUCUGAGCCAGGAGAAUGGAGACAGAUGUGGAGGUCAGCAGGCUGACCUGAGCUCUCUGGUCUCUGAGGGUUUCGUGCGAUUCUUCGUGGAGCUGGUGGGCCACUAUUCUCUCCACAUGGCUGAGUCUUCCAACGGAAGCAGGGAACUACAGCGCGACAGCUUCCGGAAAUCUCAUCCCUCCCGUGGAGUCCGCCAGUUCCUGCAGCUCUUCAUGGAUACUCAGAUGUUUGCUGGCUUCAUUCAGGACAAAGAGCUGCGCAAGGGAGGAGGAAGAGGUCUCUUUGAGGUCCGAGUGGCCGAGUAUCUGGAGUCGUACCCUGAGCCGGAGUCAAGUGGUGUGAACAGGUUUCUUAAAGGGCUGGGAAGCAAGAUGAAGCUCCUACAAAUUAAGUGAGAAAAGACCAACACCUGGCUUUUAAGUUAAAGACUUUGUAAUUAAAAAAACAACACUUGCUGCUGUUGGACCGUCUGAGGAGAUGAAUGUGUGUGAGAGUCUUGGUGAGAAUGGGAGGUUGAAGAGUUUGGAUAAGCCAGGCUCAUCUUACAGCUAUGUAUGCAUGUUUGAGUGCAGCAUUACUUCUUACUGGACAAAAACUGGAGAGAUGUUUUUUUUAAUACUUCUGUUCUGGUGUCGUUUCAUGAAGCCUUGAGGAAGGGGCACAGAAAAACAUUCCAGCUGCGUAAACUCAGUUAACAACCUGAACAUGUGUGGUUGUAACUUUUCUCUGACUUUGACAAGAAAUGUUUACUUGCAAGACUUUUUCACAUUUAGAUUCUGCUUUACUAUCAUGGUAAAUGCAACUUUAAUGCUACAUUUCAAUCUUUUAAAAUCCUUGACACCUGAUAAUGUGUAUGGUUCCAAUCUGAUGCAUGUUUUUUAUGAAUUUUAAAAUACCAUUAUCCAUGUUGCAUUCCCUUCAGCACAAACUGUAAAAACCUUUUGUUUACAGUGUGGCUUUGUUUGAAUUUCAGAUUAAGUGGAGGCUCAUUAACUCUAAUCAAAUCAUUUCAAAGAUUUUAGACUGCAAGUUAAAUCUCAUCAGUCAAGAUGAGCAUUUACAUUUUGAGGAAAUUAAGUCUCUUUUUUUUUUUCUUCUGUCCUUUACUUUCGACUUGUUAACUGGAGUUGUAAAUACAUAUUUUUGUUACGUUUUGCACAAUGCUGAGAACCAGUGUACAGUAUUUGGAAUAUUUUUGUAUUAAAGCAUGUUUUCCACAUACUUUUUAAAUAAAUGGGUUCCCAAGGACAGCAA